UUUGCAGUUGUGGGAUGUACGGCACUUCCUGUUCGUCUCUGGAGGAGGACUCUGCGUCCUCGCACUCGCCCGGUGGCUCAGCAGACCUCCUGCCCGGGAAUACUGUGAGUUUAUAAACAGGACAUGGCCCGGACAGUUUACCCCUGAUCCAGUCAUCCGUCAGCGACCUCCCUCCACCGCCUAAACAAACGAAAGGACGAAACAGAACAAGCGACAGAAAGAGAGACAGAGAGAGACACAGCGAGAGAGACGGUGCAGAAAGACCUACACAGUACCUGUGUUCUCUCCCGUGUGGUAGUGGCAGAUCACCAAACCCUGCCUGGUGUUUAGCAGGAAGAGCAUCCUAGCAGUCAAUCACAGACAGCCUACCACCGGGGGGGGGGAGGCAGGUGCCUUUCGGUCUGCCCCAGAAGAGAAGCCUUUACUGGGGGGAAGCCUGGCGCGGCCUGGAUGCUUAGCUCUGCUGGAGCUGAGUCCCCUGGUAUGCUGGGCUUUCGUGCCUGUCUCUAUGGAUCCAACCACGCUCUCCGGCUCGACCACACACCCUUGGGGCUGAGAUAGAGCUGGAGGGUUAGGGAUAAUGCAUAUCCUUUCCCAUCUGGAAGACAAAGUCACCAUGAGCAACGUCACCGUCACCGACAACUCCGAGCCCAUCAGCCGAACCAUGAGCCUCUCCGAGCCGUACCCCUACCCCCUCAGCUUCCAGGUGUCCCUCACAGGGUUCCUCAUGCUGGAGAUCCUGCUGGGCCUCAGCUCCAACCUCACCGUGCUGGCCCUCUACUGCAUGAAGUCCAACCUCAUCAGCUCCGUGUCCAACAUCGUCACCAUGAACCUGCACGUCCUGGACGUGCUGGUGUGCGUGGGCUGCAUCCCCCUCACCAUCGUGGUGGUCCUGCUGCCCCUGCGGGGAGACAAGGCGCUGAUCUGCUGCUUCCACGAGGCCUGCGUCUCCUUUGCCAGCGUCGCCACCGCCGCCAACGUCCUCGCCAUCACCCUGGACCGCUACGACAUCUCCGUCAAGCCGGCCAACCGCGUGUUGACCAUGGGUCGCGCCCUGGCUCUGCUGGCGGCCAUCUGGGUGCUGUCCUUCCUUAGUUUCCUGGUGCCCUUCAUGGAGGUGGGCUUCUUCGCCCAGGGUCAGGUGGAACUCAACCAGACAGUGGUGGCUCACCCUAACCAGUACUACACAGAGCUGGGUCUAUACUACCACCUGCUGGCCCAGAUCCCAAUCUUCUUCUUCACGGUGGUGGUCAUGCUCAUCACGUACUCCAAGAUCCUGCAGGCGCUCAACAUCCGCAUCGGCACGCGCUUCCACGCCUCGCAGAAGAAGAAGGCCAAGAGGAAAAAGCGUCCGUCCAUGACGCCCAUGACGCCCCAGCAGGAGGGCACGGAAGGGUCCCAGAGCAGCGGCGGGGUGCGCAUGCCCACGCUGGGCAUGCGCACCUCGGUGUCCGUCAUCAUCGCCCUCCGGCGGGCCGUCAAGCGGCACCGGGAGCGGCGGGAGCGGCAGAAGCGCGUGUUCCGGAUGUCGCUCCUCAUCGUGUCCACGUUCCUGCUGUGCUGGACACCCAUCACGCUGCUCAACACCGUCAUCCUGAGCGUGGGCCCCAGCGACGCCACCGUCAAGCUGAGGCUGGGCUUCCUGGUCAUGGCGUACGGGACCACCAUCUUCCACCCUCUGCUCUACGCCUUCACCAGGCAGAAGUUCCAGAAGGUUCUGAAGAGCAAGAUGAAGAAGAGGGUGGUGUCUAUCAUCGAGGCGGACCCUCUGCCUAACAACGCGAUCAUCCGCAACUCUUGGAUCGACCCGAAGAGGAACAAAAAGGUGACAUUUGACGACAAGGAGGCCCGACAGAAGUGUCUUUCUUCCGAGGGCGUGGAGUGAACUGCUGUGCUCCCGGAGAGAACAGGACUCUCUCACUCCUCAGGGAGCAGUGAGAAAAGGGAAUCACUCAUCCAAAGCAGAACUGUAAAUAUUCUGUGUAUUUAAAUGUACAAAACAUCAGAGGUGGAUAAUUUAUUUCUAUUUAAUGAUAUCAAAACGCAGGUACAAAAUACUAGGUUGCCUAUAGACAUCUAGUUCUGUAGAUAAUGCAUGGCUUUUUUUGUAACCGUGGUGACACAAACAUGGUGUACAUAUCUUCUUUUUUUUACAGUAUAUCAAAAAUACAUUUAAAACUAGAGCAAAUAGGCUGUAUACUGUAUAUGUGUAUAUUUAUAAUAAAUGUGGUGUUUACUCA